UCACACUUUUACAAAUGUGACGCUCUAUAGCAAAUCAAAUCAAGUUUAAACUUUGUGAUAAUAUAUUAAAAGUGAAGAUGAGUAAUAAACAAAAAUAUAGAGCUGAGUGGGAGACUAUGCCGAAAAAUCAAAAAUGGCUGGGCAGGAGCGCAAAUAAGAUGGACGCGCACUGCAAAGCGUGCCAGACGGACAUUUUGAGUAGGCUGGCGUCACUUAAGCAGCACGCAGCUACACAGAAACAUAAAGAUAAUAUGAAAUACUUCUGUGGAAAAUCAAAGAUUCAAUCGUUUUUAAUAGAGUCGGACAACACUCUAGCUGCCUCUAUCAAAAAGGCAGAAAUUAUGUUCGCUGCAACGAUUGCUGAACACAACAUUUCAAUGAGAGCAAUGGACCAUAUAAGCGAUGUGAUCAAGCAUGCGUUUCCCGAUAGUGCCAUUGCGCAAGGGCAGCUUCGCUUACGUACAAUGUACUGGCACCUGUGAUGAAGGAGCAACUGAUCUCUAGCAUGAAACGGUGCGUUUCUGCAGCGGGAAGGCCUGUGUUCUCCAUAAUCAUUGAUGAAUCGACUAAUGUUUCGUGUACAAUGGUCUUGGCGUGUGCUGUUAUGUAUUUCGACAGUGCAGCGCAAACAAAAUUCUUGUUCACCAUUUUUGCAGCACUCAGCGAUGGACUCAAACUUAAUGGCUUUGACAUCAGUAAUAUAAUUGGAUUUGCUGCAGACACAACUAAUGUGAAGUAUGGUGAGCGCAAUAGCAUUAUGACGAAGAUACGAGACGUCAACAAAUCAUGUUUCUUUGUAAAAUGUGUUUGCCAUUCGUCUGCUCUUGCUUCAAGCUAUCCUUGCAAGCAACUGCCUCGAAACUUAGAGCAAACCAUUAAAGAGCUACAUAUAUCUACUUUUCAAAAGUUCUAAGCUUCGACGAAAAUUUAAAGAGUUUCAAACUUUCUUAGAUUCUCCUGCACAUAAUAUACUUAACCACUACGAGAUACGUUGGCUAUCGUUUCAUUCUUGUGUGGCACGCAUACUAGAACAGUAGGAUGCUCUCAUUGCAUUCUUCCAAGAAGAAUAUGAAAUUGAUAACAACUUAUCAGCUGAGUAUAUUCUAUCUAAUUUAAAAAAUCCAACUGUUAAACUUUAUCUAUUAUUUUUGGAUUAUAUACUUGCUUUAGUGAACAAAUUCAAUAUUAUAUUCCAGUCUAGUCGAUCUGUUGUACACUAUUUCUAUAAAACUAUGUCCGAAUUUUACAAAAGUAUAUUGGCUUGUUAUAUGCAGGAUAUGUAUAUAACAAAUACAGAUUUAAAUGCCAUAGAGCCAACAAACACAUUUUAUUUUUUACAUAUAAAUAGCUUGGGCAAAGAACAUAAAUUGGCUUUUUUGAAACGUAGCCAGUUAUUUUUAAUCGAGUUAUGCGUACAACUAAAAAAAGAUUACCGUUACAAGAUAACUUUCUGAAAAUGUUAAGUUUUUUGGAUCCAAAUUAUUAUUACAAUCAAAAUUGUCACUCGUUGUUCAAGCUGUAUGAACGCUUUCCCGAUUUUGUCAAUGAUCCACAAAUAAUUGACAAUGAGUAUCGAACAAUGAAAACUGACGACAUUUUUAAAAUGCUUUUGACUAAAAAUCUUAAUUGCGA